CCAAGGAACGAACCACCCCAACGACCCUUGCCUCUCUGGGUUGCCGUCCCGCGUCGGCGUCGCGGUGCCGGUGCACGGCGCGCACGCUUCCUUCCUGGCUACGUGAGCGAUCGAGCGGCUGUCUAAGCAGCCACCAGCCAGGCUCUCUCGGCUAGUACGUAGUAGGAGUAGCCACACGAGCAGGCAGACGCAGGAGGAGAAGGGAUCCACUGAUGACGCGGAAGCCGGCGGCGCAGCAGCGGGGCGUGGGCGGCGCGGGGGCGAUGAGGACGACGCUGAAGCGGGGGGCGUGGACGCCGGAGGAGGACGAGCUGCUGUCGCGGGCCGUGGCGAAGGAGGGGGAAGGGCGGUGGCGCACGCUGCCGCGCCGCGCGGGGCUGCUGCGCUGCGGCAAGAGCUGCAGGCUCCGGUGGAUGAACUACCUCAGGCCGGACAUCAAGCGCGGGCCCAUCGCCGCCGACGAGGAGGACCUCAUCCUCCGCCUCCACCGCCUGCUCGGCAACCGGUGGUCGCUGAUCGCCGGGCGGCUGCCUGGGCGAACGGACAACGAGAUCAAGAACUACUGGAACUCGCACCUCAGCAAGAAGCUCAUCGCGCGGGGCAUCGACCCGCGGGCGCACACGCCUCUGCCCGGAGCAGCCGCAAGCCUCCACUCCCACUCCCAGUCCCACGGCGCCGACGCAGCAGCAGCAGCGGCCGGUUCUGCCGACAAGACGCCGGCACUGCCGGAAGUCGAGCCACAGUUUGCGCCGCCGCCGCCACCGCCACCGCCACCGCCUGCGCACCCGACCUUGCCGUCCGGCGCCGGUGUUGGCGGCGACUUCGCCACCAGCAUGAUGGGUCUCGGCGCCGAGGGCUUCGAUGGAUUCGAUGAUCCGUUCUGUGCACCAGACGUUGCAGCUCGUGGCGACUUCGACUUGGGCUGUCCCAUCGUGGACGACGCCGCCUUCUCCUCGUUCCUCGACUCGUUGAUGGACGAGGAGCGCAUCGCCGAUUACUUUGGCGAUCACAAGGAUGCUGAUGAUGGUGAGAACGAUCAGGGUGGACCUUAUUAGCUUAUUCACGAUUCCCCCUCAAGGACACAAUAGCUUCAUCUGCAUUUCAAUCGUGAAUGUACUCCUAUUAUUCAGUGCAUCAUUAGGCUAAUCAUGAUUCAUGAAUGAACAGAUAUAUAGCUAGGAGUAGUAUAUACAUAGAUGCACUGAAUCUAUUCUCUUUGUGUGGUUGGUGUUUAUGUGUGAUUGUGUGUGAUAGUUUGUUUGAUCAAGCAUGGGGGAAACAUGAGUAAUGAGGAUAUUCAUGGAUUGAU